AUGAAGGUCUCGUUCGUUUCUUCCAUCCUCGCGCUCCCGCUCCUCGCGGCCGCGGCCCCAAAGCCAGAGGCCGCUGAGCUGUCGAGCCGCGACGUGACCGUGACGCAGCAGGAGCUCAAUGGCUUCAUGUACGUGCGGCAGCUCGCUUCGGCGGCCUACUGCAACGCCAAGGACAGCCUGGUCGGGAAAAAGGUCACCUGCAGCAACAAUGCCUGCCCGGACAUUACCGCCGGUAAUGUGGUCAACUAUGCCCACAUGGACACCGACAUAGGCGUCAAGGCCGACGGCGCCGUCUUCAUUGACCACGACAGAGCCGGCAUCAUCAUGUCAUUCAUGGGUUCCAAGUCGUGGCAAUCGUUCCUGACCGACCUCGACUUCACCGGCUCAGACUCCCCCGAGAUCUGCUCCGGCUGCGAGGUCCACUACGGCAUCAAGCUCACCUACGACAUCAUCGAGAGCCAGCUGAUGACGGCCCUGGCAUCCGCGCGGGCGCAGUGGCCGUCGUACCAGAUCGUGGCGACGGGCCACUCGAUGGGAGCGGGCGUGGCCACCGUGGCGGCCGCGCGGCUGCGCAACCGCCUCAACGUCGUCAUUCACCUCUACACCUACGGCAGCCCUCGCGUCGGCAACGACGCCUUUGCCACCUUUGUCACCAACCAGAACAUGGGUAAGAACUACCGCAUCACCCACUACGACGACGUCGUCGCCGCCCUGCCGCCGUCCUGGGCCGGCUUCGCCCACGUCAGCCCCGAGUACUGGCUGCGCAGGAAGGACGCCAGCGACUUCAACUACCCCCUCAGCGAGGUCGUCGUCUGCGAGGGCAUCAAGCCUAGUGGAUGCAGGAACAGCAUGGGCACCACCCUCAGCGGCGCGGCCCACGGCGAGUACUUUGGCAAGAUUAGCGCUUGCUACUGA